GAUACUACUUCACGACACAAUUUUGUAAAAAUGUUGAUCGGUCCUUAUUCUUUGCUGGUGUUCUUUUUCGCAGUGGCCCGUAUAGAGGGUGCAUCCAUUUUCGAUUAUUUUUGGUACGACGAUGAAUGGUAUGACGAAACCAGUGAAGAAGAUACGAAAGUAAAAGAUAAGGAUACAAUUUCCAUCAUAAAUAAACUAUCUGUAUCCAUCAAUGGGAACGUUAACUCUGCUCCAGGCCAACCUGAUGUUCCAGGCAAACCUAAUGUUCCAGGCAAACCUAAUGUUCCAGGCAAUCCUAAUAUUCCAGGCGAACCUAUUACCCCAGGUCAAUCUAUUGCUGCAGGCCAACCUGUUAUGGGAACACCUGCUGUUAUGGGAACACCUGCUGGUAUAGGACCACCCGCUGUUAUGGGACCACCUUCUGCUAUGGGAACACCUGCUGUUAUGGGACCACCUGCUAGUAUGGGAACACCUGCUGUUAUGGGACCACCUGCUGUUAUGGGACCACCUGCUGGUAUGGGAACACCUGCUGUUAUGGGAACACCUGCUGUUAUGGGACCACCUGCUAGUAUGGGACCACCUGCUGUUAUGGGACCACCUGCUGUUAUGGGACCACCUGCUGGUAUGGGACCACCUGCUGUUAUGGGACCACCUGCUAGUAUGGGACCACCUGCUGUUAUGGGACCACCUGCUAGUAUGGGACCACCUGCUGUUAUGGGACCACCUGCUGUUAUGGGACCACCUGCUAGUAUGGGACCACCUGCUGUUAUGGGACCACCUGCUGGUAUGGGACCACCUGCUGGUAUGGGACCACCUGCUGGUAUGGGACCACCUGCUGGUAUGGGAACACCUGCUGUUAUGGGACCACCCGCUGGUAUGGGAACACCUGCUGUUAUGGGACCACCUGCUGGUAUGGGACCACCUGCUGGUAUGGGACCACCUGCUGUUAUGGGAACACCUGCUGGUAUGGGACCACCCACUGGUAUGGGAACACCUGCUGGUAUGGGACCACCCGCUGGUAUGGGAACACCUGCUGCUAUGGGACCACCCGCUGUUAUGGGACCACCUGCUGGUAUGGGACCACCCGCUGGUAUGGGACCACCUGCUGUUAUGGGACCACCCGCUGGUAUGGGAACACCUGCUGUUAUGGGACCACCCGCUGGUAUGGGACCACCUGCUGGUAUAGGACCACCCGCUGGUAUGGGAACACCUGCUGGUAUGGGACCACCCGCUGGUAUGGGAACACCUGCUGGUAUGGGACCACCCGCUGGUAUGGGAACACCUGCUGGUAUGGGACCACCCGCUGGUAUGGGAACACCUGCUGCUAUGGGACCACCCGCUGGUAUGGGAACACCUGCUGGUAUGGGACCACCCGCUGGUAUGGGAACACCUGCUGGUAUGGGACCACCCGCUGGUAUAGGAACACCUGCUGGUAUGGUACCACCCGCUGGUAUGGGAACACCUGCUGGUAUGGGACCACCCGCUGGUAUGGGAACACCUGCUGGUAUGGGACCACCCGCUGGUAUGGGAACACCUGCUGGUAUGGUACCACCCGCUGGUAUGGGAACACCUGCUGGUAUGGGACCACCCGCUGGUAUGGGAACACCUGCUGGUAUGGGAACACCUGCUGGUAUGGGACCACUUGCUGGUAUGGGAACACCUGCUGGUAUGGGACCACCCGCUGGUAUGGGAACACCUGCUGCUAUGGGACCACCCGCUGAUAUGGGAACACCUGCUGGUAUGGGACCACCCGCUGGUAUGGGAACACCUGCUGGUAUGGGACCACCCGCUGGUAUGGAAACACCUGCUGGUAUGGUACCACCCGCUGGUAUGGGAACACCUGCUGGUAUGGGACCACCCGCUGGUAUGGGAACACCUGCUGGUAUGGGACCACCCGCUGGUAUGGGAACACCUGCUGCUAUGGGACCACCCGCUGGUAUGGGAACACCUGCUGGUAUGGGACCACCCGCUGGUAUGGGAACACCUGCUGGUAUGGGACCACCUGCUGGUAUGGGAACACCUGCUGGUAUGGGACCACCCGCUGGUAUGGGAACACCUGCUGGUAUGGGACCACCCGCUGGUAUGGGAACACCUGCUGGUAUGGGACCACCCGCCGGUAUGGGAACACCUGCUGGUAUGGGACCACCCGCUGGUAUGGGAACACCUGCUGGUAUGGGACCACCCGCUGGUAUGGGAACACCUGCUGCUAUGGGACCACCCGCUGGUAUGGGAACACCUGCUGGUAUGGGAUCACCUGCUGGUAUGGGAACACCUGCUGGUAUGGGACCACCCGCUGGUAUGGGAACACCUGCUGGUAUGGUACCACCCGCUGGUAUGGGAACACCUGCUGGUAUGGGACCACCCGCUGGUAUGGGUACACCUGCUGGUAUGGGACCACCCGCUGGUAUGGGAACACCUGCUGGUAUGGGACCACCCGCUGGUAUGGGAACACCUGCUGGUAUGGGACCACCCGCUGGUAUGGGAACACCUGCUGGUAUGGGACCACCCGCUGGUAUGGGAACACCUGCUGGUAUGGGACCACCCGCUGGUAUGGGAACACCUGCUGGUAUGGGACCACCCGCUGGUAUGGGAACACCUGCUGGUAUGGGACCACCCGCUGGUAUGGGAACACCUGCUGCUAUGGGACCACCCGCUGGUAUGGGAACACCUGCUGCUAUGGGACCACCCGCUGGUAUGGGAACACCUGCUGGUAUGGGACCACCCGCUGGUAUGGGAACACCUGCUGGUAUGGGACCACCCGCUGGUAUGGAAACACCUGCUGGUAUGGGACCACCCGCUGGUAUGGGAACACCUGCUGGUAUGGUACCACCCGCUGGUAUGGGAGCACCUGCUGGUAUGGGACCACCCGCUGGUAUGGGAACACCUGCUGGUAUGGGACCACCCGCUGGUAUGGGAACACCUGCUGGUAUGGGACCACCCGCUGGUAUGGGAACACCUGCUGGUAUGGGAUAA